CAGAAUCAAGAAGCAACAAAAAGUAACGGAACAGCAGCAGCCAGGAACCAGCAACAAGCGUGAAUAUUUUAAGAUGAUGAUCGAAUACUUGAUUUGGAAAUCAGGUUCUUGUGUGGAAUUCUAGUUUCAGUCGUGGAAUCUCUUGUCGACUGACUAACGUGCAAUGAAAUUCUUUAACUGAUAGUGCGCGAAUAUGGCAAAAACUUUGGUGGAGUCCGCGGAAUCGGAGACCGUAAUUGGCUCGAGCAAUGAUGGUACCAAGACAUCCACAUGUCCAACCUGUCGAAAGUCAUUUCGCUCAAGUCGGCAAUGUGAGCGACACAUCGCAACCGUCCACUGCCCUAAAUCUGAAGCCACGACAAGCAAAGCCGAACAACAACACUGCAAGCAGUGUGACAAAUCCUUCAAAAGUACAAAAUUGCUGCAAACACACGAAAAGACUCACCGGAAACAGGUGCCAAAUCAGGAGCAACAUUCGGACGCCGCCGAUGGUGCGGCAGAAAAAGAUGCACUGCCUUGCGAAAAGUGCAAUGCCGUGUUUCGGAGCCGAGAAGGCCGACGCGUGCACAUGAUCCUGAAGCACAGUGCUGGUCCGACCUACCGGUGCCAGGAGUGUCCCAUGAUAUUCGCUCGCAAGGCCAACUUGCGAUUGCAUAUGACUACGCACGGAGUGCGACCGCACGUUUGCAGUGUCUGCGGCAAGUCGUUCGCUCGAAUCGAGAGCCUACGGUCACACGAGCAGCGGUGUGCCACCGGAGAUAAGGGCUUGUCUUGCGAUGAGUGCGGAAGGCGUUUUCGGAAGCAAGAACUGCUGGAGAAACAUCUCCAACAAGGUCAUCCCGAGCGGGAGCAUGUGUGCGGUCACUGUGGGCAAAGUUUCGAAACUAAAAGAGCGUUGAGUCACCAUGUGCGGGUUCACGAGGGACAGCAUCGGUGUACGCACUGUACGCUGCAGUUUGUAACGGAGAAGGCGCUGCAGAAUCAUGAACGUAGUCGGCACUGGGAGGUUCUGGGGUUGGAACGGAUUGUUGGCAAACAGGGACGCCGGAAGGAUAGGCUAGAGGAAGCCAGCAAACCGAAGACGAGAAUUAGGAGGAAUAAGCAUUGUCCUUUUCUUGGUUUGGAGCAUUUAGCUGAGCGUCCUGCGGUGGAAGAAAGUGCUAACUUGGAGAGUAAUGCAGAUGCGCCGGACGAAACAUCUGCCAAUCAAGCUGACCCUGAAAACAUUCCCGAGGAGGUGGAAGCAAAGACUGCGAAAUUUGAAACGACUGAUGAUGAAAGUCAAUCACAGAGGGAGGUUGUCGAUGAGAUUUGUUUGAAGGACACACUGCCUAAAGAUUCCAGAGAUCUGAUUAAACUUGCCCUAGAAGGCCCUGAUCUAUUAAAUGAAAAGGAUUCGUUUAGAGCAGAAGAAUUAAAAUCGGAAAACAAAGUUCAUCAACCAGGGAUAACUGAUGAUAAAGAAGACCACGAUAAAGUAACAGCACCCAGUGAGUGGCCAGAACCAGUCCAACCCAGUAUGGAUAACUCUUCCAGUGAUAACGAAAACGCAGAUUUUGAAGCUGGGUCCGUUGAAUCCGAACCUCCGUUAGAAAGCCAAGUUGAACUUGACUCAGUAGUGUUAAAUUCCGAGCCAGAGAAAAAGUCUGAGAAAUUUACAAAGGACAAAAAAGCACCCACUAGUCGAAAACCCACCAAGCAGAAACCAUUCCCCUGCGACCAGUGUGACAACAAAUCGUUCGCCCAUCGGUACUGGUUGGUGGCUCACCGGGAGAAGGUGCACGGCAUACGGGAACCAAAAACCGAGCACCAACCACCGAAGAAAGGCCGGACGCACUUUUGUAACGAAUGCGACAAAAGUUUCAGCGACUGGCGCAACAUGGUGUACCACUUCAAGCACGUCCACAAGCUGCAGUUCAACGAAAGCGAACUGCAACAGUGCCAGUCGUGCAAGAAAAAGUUCAUCUACGCCGAGGAACUGAAAACUCAUACCUGCACGAGAAGCAUUUUCGUCAACCGGCAACCGUACUAUAAGUGUGAGCUGUGCGGGAAAGCGUACCACAGUCAGCAUGGGCUGGACUGUCACCGGUCAGUUCACCAGGAAUUUCAGCGCUUCAAUUGUGAUGUUUGUCAGAAAGCCUUCGCCAAUGUGAAGGAUAUGAACUACCACAAGAAGCGCGUGCACGUGGAGGCUAGCUACGUGUGCGACGUGUGCGGAAAAGGCUUUAAACUGCACACCCAGUUGAAGGUGCACGCUCAGAUACACCAGCAGCAGAAGCGACAUCAGUGCGAAUUUUGCGGCAAGUCCUUCGCACAACGCAACGGUAUGACGGCCCAUCUGAGGAUUGCUCACGCAGAACAGCUCGGCACUGCCGCGUUGGCAGAGCGGGAGAUUACCUGCGACCUCUGCGGAAAAAAGUUAAAGGGCAAAAUAUGUCUGAAGCUACACAUGAAGCUUCACGCCGACGAUCGCAACUUUGCAUGUUCGUAUUGUGACAAAAAGUUCAUCGUGAAACAGGACAAAAUUCGACACGAGCAAAAUCACACGAAAGAGUACCGGUUUAAGUGUCGCUUCUGCGACAAGGGAUCCACUCGACGGAAGCUGAUUCUGGUGCACGAAGCUAAGCAGCACAACGUUACCGUUAACGAGGAUCUGGGUCCGAGCCACGUUUGUACGGUGUGCGGGCGUAGCUUUCUUUCGCCUUCGGCGCUGCAGAUUCACAUGUCACUGCACAGCUGUGAGCUACCGGUUCCCUGCACUCGAUGUGAUCGGCGAUUUAAGAAUGUAAAAUAUAUGAAGUACCACUUGAAAGCACAUCAUCAGCUUUUGGAUGCUCUACCUGUACCACCGGCACCGGAAGUGGAAACAACUGUGAUCACGGUGGAUAGCAGCAACGUACUGCCUCUGGCAGAGGAGUCCCAACCUCAACAACAACAACAACAGUUGAUUCAGCCAGCCGGUCAACAACUGCAGAUGAUUGAAGUUUGUGGCGAUAGGAAUGAUGUGACGGUUGUGUAUGUUGAAUAUACGGUGGAACAGCAACAGGUUAAAGAAUUUUUGCUGCAGAACUGCUGAGAAUGGUGUCUUAAAGUUGACGAUAUUUGUGUUCUGUAGGAAAGUAAAAGAAUUCCUUGACUGUACAUUUUCAUGUACAUGUACUAUCAGUCAAAUGACAUGUACAUAUUUUUUUGGGCGGUAGAAAUUGG